AUGGGUGCAGAAAGUCAAGUAGAAACCAUGCCAAUGGCUUCUUCCAGCAGGGCUGUGUCUUGCCAUGGCCUUCAUCGCAGCAAAGAAGACAUGAAUAUUAAGCUGUCAGCUGCUGCGGGUCUCAAGAAAGGCAACAAGAUGGGUGCAGAAAGUCAAGUAGGUGCCGUUCCAAUGGCUUCUUCCGGUCCUAGCCUGCGCCGCCGCCAAGAAGAAGUGGAAAUCAUGCGUGCAGCAGUAACUGGCACCCAGCAGAAUAUCACGACUGUGGAAAUGGAACCGGGAGGCGUACCAAUGGAUUCUGCUUCCCACCAAAGUGUGGUAUCUUCCGGUCCUGGCCUUCGGCGAAGCAAGCAGGAUGCCAAAAUCAAAUUUGCAGCACUUGUUGGCAUACAACACGGCAAGGCAGACACAGAAACGCAAAAAGGAACUGGAACCACGAAUUCUAUUUCGCUAUGCCGUGUAGGAUCUGUUAUUAAUAGUCCUGGCCUCCGACGCAUCGAUGAAGAUGUGCAAAUCAAACGAGCAGCAGUAGCGGGCCUCGGAAUCAGCAAGAGUGAUGCGGAAAUGAAACGGCCUGUUGCAGUGGGAUGGCCACACGAUACGGGACCAGCUGCAAGCCAUAAUGAUUAUACUACAGACAGUCAUAAAUGGAGUCCCAACCAACAAGAGUUGGAAGCAAACCAAGUUUCCAAUGAUAGUUUUGAUAACAUGCCAGGUUCUUUGAAUUUGCAGAGAGAAAACCAGGAGCAAAAUGAUGACAUCUUUGGAAGCAAUAUCAUUUUGGCUACCACUCCCACUAUGGUGUCUUCUGCUGCCAUGAUGCCACAGACAGGAAUGCCAUCCGCCUCCAACAUGGGUUUGGUAGAAGCCAGAGAGGUUUUAGAUAAUGAAAACAUCAUCUUGGGUGAAGCAGAUGCCUACGAUGGACCCAUGGAAGAAGAAAAACAACAAAUGAGAGAUCAAAAGAAACGACGAUACAUGGACACCAUUCUCUGUCUAGUGGUGGUGCCAGUUCUCAUUGUGCUCAUUUUGUGGUGGGCUGGAGUCUUUGAUAAGGCGAAACAAGAUACCAUUGUGGUCGCUACAGAAGCACCAUCGUAUGCACCAUCCGGUAGCCCUACUGCAGCACCCACACCCUUCUUUCUUCCCUUGCCGGAUUACACGGUUGAGACACUUCAAAAUGGUCCCCUGGAUUCCCCUCAAGAAAGAGCCUACAAAUGGAUCCAAGAUGAUCCCAAUUUUGAGGAUUAUUCUGAUGAGCGGAAACAGCAACGAUUUGCUCUGGCUACUUUCUACUUUGCUACCAACGGUGACCUGGGAAGUUGGACACUGCAGGAUGAUUGGAUUUCCUAUGAUGUUCACGAAUGCGAGUGGUUCAGCAAAUGGAUCAAUAAGGGCCCAGAGACGGCCCCUGUUUGUGAUGAACAAGAAAAUCUUCUGUCACUCUUGUUGACAAAGAAUCAACUCUCUGGCAGUUUGGUCCCAGAACUAGCCAUGCUGUCCCAUUUGAUAGUUUUGGAUGUGGCUACGAAUGAAAUAGCAGGUACUCUGCCAACUGAAUUGGGUCUUUCAACGAAAUUGACGGAUCUUUCUGUGGAUUUCAAUGCAAUAACGGGACCAUUGCCAUCGGAAAUUGGACUCAUGGAGAGCUUGGAACUGCUGCUGGUCCAUACCAAUGCACUUACUGGAACCAUCCCUACAACCUUUGGCCUGUUGACGGUCUUGAAUCAUUUCCAGGCUGGCAGAGGGCAGCUUUCGGGGACCAUUCCAUCAGAAAUUGGCUUGAUGACCUCACUGCAUAGUUUGACUUUGCACAAGAAUAUUCUGUGGGGAACCAUACCAAUCGAACUUUGGAACCUGACCAACCUGUGGGAAAUUUUGCAACUUCAUGAAAAUGAAUUGACUGGAACGUUGCCAACUGAGGUGGCCAAGCUGACCGACUUGGAAGAUUUCCGGCUUCAUACCACACUCAUGACAGGAACAUUGCCCUCAGAGCUGGGAGCCAUGACAAAAUUGACUUACAUGGACCUCUGCUGCGGCUCAUUUGAGGGCUCCAUUCCGUCUGAGAUUGGACUUCUCACAGCACUUUACAAUCUAUACCUGGAAGGCAACAACCUUUCUGGAUCCCUCCCCUCUGCAUUAGGUCUGGCCAAAGAGCUUGUCCUACUUGAUGUACAAAGCAAUAAACUCUCUGGAACCCUUCCUACUGAAAUAUCUCUUCUCAGACAACUGAAAAGGCUAAGGCUGUACAUCAAUUCCUUUUCUGGCCCCUUGCCAUCUGAACUCGGCUUGAUGGCCAAUUUGACAAAAUUUGAUGUGGAAUCCAAUGCUUUCAAUGAAAGGCUUCCCACAGAGUUGGGCCAAAUGUCUUCCUUGGAAUUACUGUGGCUGGGAGACAAUCCUAUCACCAGCACUCUCCCCACAGAGAUUGAUCUCUUGCACAAAACCCUGAAAGAUUUUUCAGUCCAAUCUGCCAAAAUGUUUGGAUUCCUACCAACAGAAAUAGGUCUGUUGACAUCCUUGACCAAGCUUGAUCUGUCAAAAACCAACCUGGUGGGACCGCUGAGAUCAGAGCUUGGGAAAUUGGAUUCCCUUGAGCAUUUGGACAUUCAGGUUACGUUCUUCCAAGGCAUCAUCCCGUCAGAACUGGAGAGCUUAAAUGAUACGUUGAGUGAUUUGUUCUUGGAGAAUACCUUGUUGACGGGUACAGUUCCAUUAGGCCUUUGCAGUGUCCCCCAGCUAUACUUCGUCUGCUCAAGUGAUCUUUGUGGUUGUGAUUGUACGUGUCAAUUCAUGGCUCAAGGUAGUGUUGACUCAUCAACAAAUGGCAGGCCUUUGGGUGUAGAGGGAAAUGCCAAAGAGCCAUAA